AUGUAUAGCCCACAAUGGCCACCAACACGCCCGGCUGCCGUUCAGGCCCAGCCACAAGAACGAGAGCCGCCUGGAGUUGCUGCUUCUUUGAUACCAUCGCACAACAGCCACGGCGGCGGCAGUGGUAUUAGCAGUAGCAGCCGCCAAGGCACGGGACCUCCCCGCUUUGGUAAAGCACCGGAUGUCACUGGUGGUCCGGCCUCUGCGGCCAUCACGCGAGGAGGUGCAGCAAGCGCCGGCCCCGGCGGCGGCAACGGCAGCGGGAAUAUUCACAGCAGCCAAGGCGGUACCAACGACGGCACAUAUCCCGCACCAGCGGCUCAACAGCCGUCUGCUCCGGGUCCGCCUGCCGGGAUCAUCAACCCGUUCGACCUCUCUGCCGCCGAGCCCUCGCAGCCGCGUCACGUUCUCGUUCGCGUAGACGGUGACACGGGGUUUUAUCUCGGCAACGCCGUGGGCCGUCCGGCGCCACAGGAGUUUUCUCUGCCGACGGAGGUGGACGGAUCGCGGUCCGUGGCCAACGGGGACCAGAUCCAGACCGGAUGGAGUAUCGACUACUACGGCCUCUCGGGCAGCCGCCACGAGUACGGUAACGGCAUUGGGUGGCGGUGUCAGGAAUCAGAGGCCGUGGCGGACGCGCAGGGGAACUUUGGGUGGCCGAGGAAGUACGUCUGUUCCAUGUGUUGUCUGCGAUGGAACGCCAUGCCUCUGCCCGCCAAGGUGAUUCGGGGCGAUGUCAGUCAAAAGGACCGGAUUGAACUAAGGAUAAUGCACGGAGGGAUCCCGGAUUCUCUCGGCCGGGAUGCUCAGAGUACCGGGGACCCCCAGUUACACUACUACCUCGAUCAUGAAGGACCUGGAAACGAGCCGUGCGUCCGUGGCCUUUGUCAAAAGUGCCGGCCGGUGUCUUUCUUGCCGGACUCGCAGCCGACGACCCACUGUUGUCCGCCCCCGGUGGCCGAGCCGGGCUACCUCAAGGAGAUUUAUCGGUGCAUCAUGGACAACUGCCCGUUCCUUACGGACACCCGGCGAGAGAUGAAGGCCCAUCUCCAUUCUCCAAGAAAGAACGGACACAAAUCCUACUUGACAUCCCUAGCAGCUCGCAUCGAGCACGGCCAACCCCUCAGCGCAAUCGACAAGGAAAUCGCCUCCCGCCUGAUGCUCAUGUUCAACGACCGCGACGCCCGUGGGCAGAAAUCCAUCUCUCAGCCCAUCAACACCGUCCUUGGGCCUGAGGACGUCAGCAGCCCGGCCAUCCUGCGCGAGCACACGCAGUGGAUGUCGUAUCUAGGCCUUCACACGCCCGAGCUGCACCGACGGGACUUCUGGGAUCCGCGGACAGGCGGGUGGUAUUACCGCGAGUACAACAUGGACGACGACUUUGAGGAUGCGUGCGAGAAUGUGAGGAUUAUCUCGCAUGCUACGGGAAGGCCGGUGAAGCCGUCAGAUUUCCUAUGGCGUUGA